AUGGAACGAUUCUUUAAAAGAAAAUUAUCUACGGAUAGUUCUUCUCCGUCUAAUCCGGGUAGUUCAAAUGCAAGACCAAUUGAAGUAGAUGAGAUAUUAGCUAAUCUUCAGGCAGACCCUGGACUAAGAACUAGAAUGGCGGAUUAUAGUCCUAAUAUUCGGGAUGAGAUCCGAAGGGCAUAUCUACAAAAGGGACCUUGUCAACCUAGAAGUUAUAAAUUCCCACAAACUAAUCAAUCAGGAAUUAAUAGACGCUUCAUUGCUCAGUGGUUUGAUGAGCAUGAUUGGUUGGAAUAUAGUAUUGCUAAAGAUGCUGCGUUUUGUCUUCAUUGUUAUCUCUUCAAAUCUAAUUUUGAUCAAGUGGGUGGUGAUGCAUUCACUGGGGUUGGCUUUAAUAAUUGGAAGAAGGCGAAAGAAAGAUUUAACCUUCAUGUUGGACCGGUUGGUAGUGUUCACAACCAAGCUAGAGAAGUUGCUUACAAUUUGAUGCAUCAAAUUACACACAUUGAAAGGGUUGUGAUCAAGCAAACAAAUGAAGCUCGCAUGGCUUAUCGCACUUGCUUGAAUGCAUCACUUAAGUGCACUAGGUAUUUGUUGCGACAAGGUCUUUCUUUUCGUGGUCAUGAUGAAAGUGCUCAAUCAAGUAAUAGGGGGAAUUAUUUAGAGCUCUUGCAAUUUCUUGCGGAUCAUGAUGAAAAAGUGAAGGAUGUUGUGUUGGAAAAUGCCCCGGGAAAUUUAAAGUUAAUAGCUCCUUCAAUUCAAAAAGAUCUUGUCAAUUCUUGUGCUAAAGAAACCAUUGGCCUUAUCUUGAGUGAUGUAAAAUAUAGAUAUUUUUCAAUAAUGGUGGAUGAAGCACAUGAUGUUUCAAUAAAGGAGCAAAUGGCGAUGGUGCUGCGUUAUGUGAAUGACAAAGGACAAAUAAUUGAAAGGUUUGUGGGGGUUCAACAUGUAACUGACACUACCUCAAGUGCACUAAAGGAAGCCAUUGAUGAAUUCUUUUCUUCCGCAAAUUUGAGCUUUUUCAAGCUACGAGGACAAGGUUAUGAUGGAGCUAGUAAUAUGAGAGGUGAGUUCAAUGGCCUUAAGACAAGAAUUUUGAGAGAACAACCUUGUGCAUUUUAUGUUCAUUGCUUUGCUCAUCAACUUCAACUAGCUCUUGUUGCGGUAGCAAAGAAAAACAUUGAUGUCAACUCUUUUUUCACAACGGCUAAUACAUUGGUUAAUGUUGUUGGAGCAUCUUGUAAGCGUCGCGAUGCACUUAGAGCACAAUACCAAGAAGAGCUAGUGAAAGCUUUUGAAAGUGAUUGUCUUAUAACGGGGCGAGGCUUAAAUCAAGAAACUAGUCUCAAACGUGCCGGCGAUACAAGAUGGAACUCACAUUAUGGUACGUUGAUUAGUAUCAUUUCUAUGUUCCCAUCUGUGGUGAAUGUGCUUCAAAUGAUUGUUGAUGAUAAUCCUAAUGAUAGUUCGGGUGAAGCCUAUAAGUUAUGGAGAGAAAUACAAUCUUUUGAGUUUGUGUUUCACUUAUUUUUAAUGAAAGCUAUAUUGGGAAUAACAAAUACUUUGUCUCUAGCAUUGCAAAAGAAAGAUCAAGAUAUUGUGAGUGCUAUGAGUUUAGUGAAAAUAUGCAAGGAAAACCUGCAGUUUAUGAGGGAUAAUGAGUUUGAAGAAUUGGUUGAGCAAGCAUCUUCGUUUUGUGACAAAUACGAUAUUACAGUUCCUACCAUGGAUGAGGAAUAUGUAAUUUCAGGGAGAUCAAGGCGUAAUGCUCCAAUGAAGACAAAUUAUCAUCGUUAUUGUGUGGAGAUCUUUAUUCAUGUAAUUGAUGGGCAACUUGCAGAAUUAAAUGAUCGCUUCAACGAGGUAAGUACUGAGUUACUUACUUGUUUGGCAUGCUUGAGUCCGAAAAAUAACUUUGUAGCUUUUGACAAACGAAAGCUAGUUCGUCUUGCUCAAUUUUAUCCUCAUGAUUUUUCGGAUCGAGACUUAUUGAUGCUUGAAGAUCAACUUGGUGUUUAUGUUCAUUAUAUGCGUUCGAUUAUGGAUUUUUCUCAAUUGGAAGGGAUUAGUAGUCUUGCGGAAAAAAUGGUGGAGAAAGGAAUGCAUGAAAUAUUUCCUUAUGUGUAUUUGCUUCUUACAUUGGCUUUGGUUUUACCGGUUGCAACUGCUUCAGUGGAGAGGGCAUUUUCCGCCAUGAAUAUUAUUAAAAAUCCACUUCGCAACAGAAUGGGAGAUCAAUGGUUGAAUGAUAGCUUGAUUGUUUACAUUGAGAGAUUGAUCGGUUCAUAA